CAUUGGGCUUAGGAAAGUUCAAAACUUGCCUGGUCAAGUGUGAACAAAAAAGUUCCACUGCAAAGGAGAAAUAUGCCCUUUUUCCUUUCCUUUUGUCAAUAACUUGAAAAGCUUUCCAGAUCCAGCAACGUCGCCGUCGUCUGAUGUUUGGGUGAGCUUUUUUUUAGGGCGGAGAUAGGAAUUUUUCGUUGAAGUGGCCGACACUUUUGAAAUCGUUGGUUUCGGACACACAGACGUCACAACAUCACAAGAGUAAAAAAAUUGCCCACACUAGACAAAUAGUGUUUUUUGGAGAGGAUUUUUUCUCUAGGUUUGUUGGUGCAAACUUCAGUGGACAAGAUCAAAGAUGCGAGUGUUGUUGUUGAAGGCCCUCCUUUCAGUUGAGUUGUGCUUGAGUUGUGCCUGCGAAUUCGUGAUUAAUGAUAGCUUGCCUUCUCCGAACUGACACCAAAAAAAAGAGAUGACGGCCUCAUGGCUCCCUUUGGUGUCACGUCAGUAAUGCUUUAUUUGACCGACUCAGUUGAAUGCAGAGCUGGCUGAGUCUACAAAUCAAAAGAGAUCCUCAUAAUGAACGUGAUAAAUGGAGGCCAUCCUCAGCAAUGUUCCAAACCAGUAGAUCCGUCAAGGAAAUUGGAUAUUCUUCGACUUCCUUCUUCCAAGAUAAAUGAUCGUCAAGUCCACUGCGAAGAGGCCGUUUUCCCCAAAGCAAAGAGGAGGUGGAGACCAUCUUCGUUUUCAUGCUCUCUGUCCUUUGUGAGUUCUCGAGUUCUCGAGUUCUCGUGCGUUCAAGAUGCUACUACUACUACAUAGUAUCUAGCUUGCAAUCAUCAGUCUGCGAUGUUUAGUACAGUGCACGUACACAUAUGAUCAAUCUGGCUGGAAGAGCCUCAAUUUCAAAUUGGUCGUUAUCAAGCACGGCAAAUCACGCAAGGGCACAAUUUCGGGUCAGGUCAAAAAAGAAACAGCACUUAAACCUAACCCUUUUCUACGGUCCCGAAGUGUUGGACAAACAAUUGUGAUAUGAAACGCCGUGGACGAAGCAGAAUGGGCAAAUUUGAACAAUUAAAUUUGAGCUUUGGAGCUGUUUUACGAGCGAUCAUGAAACGGCUUUACGACUUGUGCCCUUCUCCUGUUCGAUUGUCAGACUCUGAGCCUGUUUUAGCCUUGGAAAUGAAUGGCCCUCAUUUAUUGCUCAGUAUGUGAGGGAAUGAUCUUUGAAGGCACAGCUGAAGGCUCGCUCGGGAUGAAUGCAGUGGCAUAAGUAUCAAUAAUUCUGGUUGCCCCCUGUGACCUUUUUGAUGCAUUAUCCAACGGGGGAGAACCUCACUGGGACGAGCACGAUCUUGAGACUAAUACGUCCCAAAAAUGCACUUUUUCAAUGCACAGAACACUCCAGGGAGCCUUUAGCAAGUGUUUUAUAUGCAAUUCAUUAACGAAAACGCGCAUGAAAAGAUCUAGCUAGCAGCUCAUUAAAUCCGUAUAGGUUUGAGAUAUGACUCCCGCGCUAAUCCUAAAAGAAGACAAUGAACUGGAAGCAAACGUUUCGGCUUUUUUGAUUGAAAAUGAAAGAACUCCUCGUCAAAAAUAUCUGUCACGAGAUGUGAUGCCAAGCUUAUUAGUUCAGAUUUGUCAGAAAAAAAAUCUCUCUGGUUAGGAAUGUGUAUUUGUGGUGACCGAGGAGUCAUUGGACAACACGGAGGGAAAUUAGAACAAGAGCAGGAAGAGGAGGAAAACAUCCACGACAACGACAAGGGAAGCGAAAUGUGGCCUCAAACUUCGAGAAAAGCCCAUUGAAGCCAUACCGCGAAGGGAUUCCAAUCGGAGCCACAAUGCUCCUCAUCAUUCAUGAGCACGAAGAGUGAGUGAAGAGCUGGCAACAGCUUGUCUCUCAUCUUUUUCUUUCCAACUCACUCGUCACCCACCACAAAAUCACCUUUGGGUUAAUCCGAAGACCUGGAUUUGUGUCAUACUUUGGCGACUCCGCACUUACUUUGAGUAGGGCAGGAAGAUAAAAGUGAUUCCGAAGCAGGGAUUAGAGACCGUCCAAAAUCAAAGACAACUGGGAAAGAGAUGAUGAGGUUCGAAGGGCAGACUUGAUGAACGAAAGGAAGGGUUGACGAACUCGAGGUAUUCCCUUUGGCACGUUGUAAACGUACGAUUUACCAGUCCUCGGUAAUGGAUUCCGAGCAUGAUUGCUUCCACAAUGCCCAGAGAACAAAGGAAACCCUGCGGUGGAACGCAACAUAAUGGAACGAACGGGCCCUUCUUCAGCGCUUGGAGGAUUUUUCCAUCCUCUUCAUGCGUUCCUAGGCGCAAGAUCUUAUCUCCUUCGGUGCUCCAUUCUCAUUGGUGCGUGUUGUUCUUCUUUCUCUCGAAAUAUGGAGCAAGGAGAAACUGAACGACUAUGCAAGAAAGACCUCGAGAGGCUCCUUGGAUUUAGUUUGACCUUGCCCUUCGGAGCCUCGGGUAUAUGGAGCCAUUUUCCAUCCGUUCCUCGAGCGUCAGCCUGAGAAGCAACGUGUUGUCCUCAUGGAUCCAAGGCACCCAAAAACUAGUCUAGACAGUGAAGGGGGAGGAGGACCAUGACUGACAUUGUGUGGAGGUGUGUUCUUAUGCUAACAUGGUGGGCUUUUCAAGUUUGGCGGGACGGAGCUUGCCACAAGUGGCAAAUCAAACCCGCCAAGGCUUUAGAGUUCUCCAAAGCCCCGGGGGUCAUGAUGAGCUUCGAGAACCCGAUCUACUCCAAUGGCUACUUCCUGGGCUUUGAUGCCUGGGACAACAUCAACAAACGUUACGGUAUGACUAACAUCACUUACAUCGUGCGAAUCGAGUUCCAGCGACAAGGGUUCAAGGAAAACAAAAUCAAACGCCAUUUCAAGCGAUUCUGGCUGCCCGGAGCCAAUUGGGUGGAAAGGAAUAUCCGAUCCAACCACAUCUACCGAUCCAAUAUCACACAAAUCAAAGUAAGGAAUCAAAGCCAAGUGGAUCUCUGGGUGUAUCCAAAGUGCUUUCUUCGACAUCAUGGGAUCUCUCGGAUCCAUCGAGUGGCCAGAACUAUGAGAAUAAACGUCAAACACAUUCGCUGGUUGGCCAAGGUCAAUUAUGGCCAAGAUGAAGGCUAUGGACCAAGGGAGCUGAUUGAAAUUGCCACAGGGAUGACUCAAGUGCAAGGCAUCCUCUGUGCCUGGUUGCACCCGAGAAUAGAGAGCACAUCAAGCCUUAUGAUUCGAUUUUCGCCAGACGGAGUGCCUUCUAAGAAUUUUUUCGCCAUAUCCGGAGGGUAUUCCAAUUGGGAUUUCCUGAACGACGAAUACCAGGUCUCAGCUAUUCAUCUCCUUCGAGGGUGGAACAGAGCACUUAUAGACUUUGCAGGGGGCAUACAAUGCCGAGAUCCAGAGAUAGAUAUUGCCAGAAGAUAUCAGGCCCUUCCUGGGGUCCGUUCAGUAUAUCUGGACAGAAAAGACGACUGUCGCUUUACAUAUCAAAUCGUCAUCGCCUUUGAUCGGAAAGUCAUGAAUGGGAACAGCGUCCGACAAUAUCAGCAUUGGAGUAGUCUCAACCACAUCUACGGAUCCGUCUCCAUCAACCUGAAGUUUGCGGAUGAUCUCAAGGCCAUUUUGGAAUUCGAGCCCGGCCUCUACACAAAAGAGCAAAUGAGAGCCAUCAGAGACGAAUACCUAAAAUUGCCUGGCAUUCGUUUCGGAUGGGUGAUUGGUCAUAAAGCCAAGGCCAUCAGCACGAUAGUUCUGCAUUUCUCAAAGGCCUACUUGGAUCGAGUGCCAAUGCGCAACUAUAACUUCUGGGAGGCCCUGAAUCGCCGAUAUGGAACAAACAUAACAAUUUUGGAACCAAGCAAGUCCAGGGCCUUCAUUCGCUUCCCCGACAGCCGCUUCACUGAUCUUGAGCUAAAGGCUAUCUUAAGACGUUAUCGACAUUUGCCAGGAAUCAGUUCGGUCAGGAUGGAUACGGAACACAGAGAACCCCAAGAAGCCGAACAAUUUUGGGCCAACUCCAGUUAUUUGAUCAUCCCACCUCGAAGGUCGCUCCUAAGCUGGGUCCAAUUGAGCAGAGGCGAUCAAGGAUUCUUCCUCAAGAACGAAGCACCCGGAGAUGGGAAUACGAUGGACAAUAACAUUAUCAGACCAAGCAAGCCUUGGCUUUCUCAAUGCAUUCAUCAGACUUAAUCAUAUUUCUCUUUUGAUUUUCUUUCUUUCUCUGUGAUCAGCCAAUCAUUGAUUGAUUGACUGCCCUCAUAAUGUGUUCAACCGCACUUAAUGCAUCAAUUCUGUUUUCUCUAUUUCAAAAUAUAUUUCAUUAACAGAGAAAACAA